AUGGCGGAUCACAUUGGCCCAGAUCACACGCCUAAGCGAAGCUUCAAAGAGCAAGCAAGGCGUGCUCUCAAGGCUUUUACUACCAAGGAUGGACUCAUAGGCAAAUAUGACUACGUCUUCCUCUUCAGGCCCAACCUACCCUUUAUGAAGAAGGAGCGGCGAGCAGCACCAUUCUUCGGUCUUCACGAUCGCAUGCCAGUCCUCCUGGCUCUACUCCUUGGUUUCCAACAUGCCCUCGCCAUGUUAGCCGGUGUCAUCACACCACCCAUCAUCCUCGCAAAUGCCGCAAAUCUGACCCCAGACCAACAGCGAUAUCUCGUCUCCACUUCGCUCAUCGUCUGUGGCCUCUUAUCUUCUAUACAAAUCACCCGUUUCCAUAUCUGGAAAACUCCCUACUAUCUUGGUACCGGUCUGAUCUCUGUGGUUGGAACUUCUUUUGCCACUAUCCCCGUUGCUACAGGGGCCCUCAGCCAAAUGUACGCCACGGGGUACUGUCCCACCGCUGAAGACGGUACCAAGAUGCCUUGUCCCGACGGCUACGGUGCCAUCCUAGGAACAGCCGCAUGCUGUGCCCUUCUCGAGAUAGGCAUGUCGUUUACCUCUCCCCGGAUGCUCAAGAAGAUAUUUCCGCCUCUAGUGACCGGUCCCACCGUCCUCCUCAUCGGCGUCAAGCUCAUCCAGUCCGGGUUCCAGAAUUGGGCUGGUGGCUCGGGAGACUGCAAGACCCGUCCUGCCUCUGGCCUCUUCCAGCUAUGUCCCAAUAUCAACGCGCCCAAGCCUCUACCCUGGGGCUCUGCCGAGUUCAUAGGUCUGGGCUUCCUAGUCUUCAUCACCAUUAUCAUUUGCGAGCGGUAUGGCGCCCCGAUUAUGAAAUCGACCGCCGUCGUCAUCGGCCUGCUUGUCGGCUGCAUCGUCUCUGGCGCAACAGGAUACUGGUCCGCGUCGUCAAUCAACGCCGCACCAGCCGUCUCCUUCAUCUGGGUGACGACGUUUAAGCUCUCCGUCUACGCGCCCAUUGUUCUCCCCCUGCUCGCCGUCUACAUGGUGCUCGCCAUGGAAGCCAUUGGCGACAUCACCGCCACCUGCGACGUCUCACGCCUCCCCGUCGACGGCCCCCUCUUCGACUCGCGCAUUCAAGGCGGCGUCCUAGCCGACGGUCUCAACGGCAUCCUCGCCGCCCUCUGCACAAUCACCCCCAUGUCCACGUUCGCGCAGAACAACGGCGUCAUCGCCCUCACGCGCUGCGCAAACCGCAAAGCCGGCUACGCCUGCUGCUUCUGGCUCGUCCUCAUGGGCAUCUUUGCCAAAUUCGCCGCCGCCCUCGUCGCCAUCCCCAGUCCCGUCCUCGGCGGCAUGACCACUUUUCUCUUCUCCGCCGUCACUGUCUCCGGCAUCAGAAUCAUUGGCACCAUGCCGUUUACCCGCCGCAACCGCUUCAUUCUCACCGCCGGCUUCACCCUCGGUUUCGGCGCCACCAUGGUGCCGGACUGUUGUCACUUUGCUGUUGAAUUUGUUUCUGCAGGAGGAGGUGGAGGUGGAGGAUGA